AUGGCAGCGGGAACGCAAUCCAAGUACGCAGCGUUCCUUGAGACUCUCAAGACACAAGGCGCGACCGGCCCACCGACCGAGAUAUGCGUGUCUGGACUGACAUGGCGCAAGGCGACAAGCGGCGGCCGGGAGUUUGUCCUGUUUGACGUCACGGCGCGCCUCAAAGUCGGGAGCAUGACGCUCGUGCUCGGCCCCCCCGGGUGUGGCAAGACGAGUCUCCUCAAAGCCAUCGCGGGGGUGUUUCCUACGGCACCCUUACACGUGUCUGGAAGUGUUGCGUACAACGGCAUCCCCACUGCUCGCUUGCCGUCAGGGGAGCUACGACAUCUCGUGACGUUUGCCGGACAAAAGGACGAGCACAUCCCAACCCUCACCGUCCAUGAAACCCUCAAGUUUGCGCACGCCUGUCGAUCAUACGAUGGAUCGACGUUGAACACGGCGGACGGUACCGACGCCAUCAUCGAUAUGCUAGGCCUGACAGGGUGCCAGCACACCCUCGUGGGCGAUGAUCUUGUUCGGGGGCCCCGUGCUGAAUUCACGACGGGGUUGGACACGACGGUGGCCACCGACAUCACGCAAAAGCUCAGGGACAUGUGCACGGCGCUGCAGUAUACGGCCGUGGCGGCGUUGUUACAGCCCCCUCCUGAAGUGUUUGCCCUGUUUGACAACGUGCUCAUCCUCACGGAAGGUCACCUCGCGUACUUUGGUCCGGCGACAUACGCCGUCGACUUCUUCAAGUCGCUUGGGUUCCAACGCCCCCCAAACACCGAUGACGCCGACUUUCUCCAGGAAGUGACGUCAAUGCACGGCUGGGCCUUCAAAGACCCGAAUAUGUUGAGAGUGCCAGCGACGGCAAUCGAGUUUCAUCAAGCGUUCAAAGAAUCGUCGUGCGUUACCAAGCUGCAUUUUCCCCGACCAGUGGAGGCCGUCGUGGCGGACGGCCAUGGGCUUAAGGUCGCCCCGUCCUCCGACGAGCAGCCCCCGCCCCCUUCAACUCCCCCUUCUGGAGCUCCACAAUCAUGUCGACACCGACGUUCAUCGUUCCAAAUCGUGCGCCGCGUGUUCCAACGACAGUUCAAACUCGUAUCCCGCGACACAAAGUUCAACAUGAUCCGGUUUGGCCAAAGCAUCGUAAUGGGGAGUGCGAUUGGGUCGCUGUUCGGCAAGCUCGGGUAUGACCCGCCCAACGUGCCGUCCAAGAUCGGGCUCAUGUUUCUCACGCUUCUCUUUACAUCGGUGACCACCCUCGCCAACAUUGCCUACACCAUCCAGCUUCGAGGGGUGUUUCAGAAGCAAGCCUUGUUCCAACUGUACCCCGCGUGGGCAUAUGCUGCGGCUGAAAGCGUGAUCGAAAUGCUCUGCACGGCGUUCCAGGUGUUCUUGUUCACUGUGACAACGUACUGGAUGUGCGAAUUCUCACCCACCAACCACGGCGACCAGUACGGUGUCUACUACGCCAUCAUCUUUCUCAACAGCGCGUGCGUCACGCAAGUGUUCAAGUGUAUCGCCGCGUUUGCCCCGUCCGCCGUGUCCGGACUCAUCCUCGGGGCCGCUGUGUGCUUCAUUCUAAUCAUCUUUUCCGGCUUUGCGAUCCCGGGACCGUCCGUGCCUAGCUACUUUGUGUGGCUGUUCAACAUCAACCCUGGCAGCUGGGCAUUCUGGGCCGUCAUGCUCAAUGAAUACCAGUCGUCUUUGCCGGAAUACGACACCAUGCACAUCAAGCUACCCCUUCGCAUGGGCGACUACUACGUCCAACUAUAUGGAAUUCCGGUAGAGUCCAAGUACGUUGGCUGGGCCAUUCUAUACCUUGGGGGGGUUUACAUUGGCUUGGCGGGGCUCACAGCCAUCGGAUACCGGUUUGUACGAUAUCGCAAACAAUAUGUGUCCAAAGCACGAAGGCAAGUCGACUUGGUGUCCUCGGCAGUCGCCACCAAGAACGCGUCGUCGACGACAGCUUCGUUUGUUCCUGUGACGCUGACAUUUCAGGACUUGCACUACAGCAUCCCCCAUGGAUUUACUCUGUGGUAUUUUAUGGAUUUACUCUGUGGUAUUCACGGACAGUUUGUACCGGGCACGAUGACGGCGCUUAUGGGGACAAGUGGGGCGGGGAAAAGCACGUUGCUGGACGUGCUGGCCGGCCGGAAAAAUUCUGGCAAAAUCAAAGGAUUGAUGGACAUGAACGGAAAUGCACUGAUGCGGUCGGUGCAAAAGCAGUUUGGUUACGUGGAGCAAUUCGACUUGCACUGCUUGACGGCAACGGUGCAAGAAGCGCUCGAGUUCAGUGCGUCCUUGCGACUUCCGGCAUCCGAAGACGUAACGCGCAUUAUCCAGGCCACGCUCGACAUUUUGGAGCUACAUGGCGACCGCGGCAAGCGCAUCUCGGACUUGUCUAACGAACAGUUCAAGCGCGUGACCAUCGGCGUCGAGUUGGUCGCCAACCCGUCCAUCCUGUUUCUGGAUGAACCCACAAGCGGAUUAGACGUCCACGCUGCCAAGGUCGUGCUGGACGCCAUCUUGCGCAUCGCCCGGUCCGGCCGCACGGUGAUUUGCACAAUCCACCAGCCGAGCUUUGUGCUGUUUGCCAUGUUUGACGCUCUGGUGUUGCUUCGUACGGGCGCCAACAUGGUGUACGUUGGCCCCUUGAACGGUGGCAAUGCGAUCGUCGAGUACUUUGAGGCCAUUCCGGGCAUCCGGAAGUGCCGCGACCGCGAAAACCCUGCUUCGUACAUGCUCGACGUGAUGGCCGCCAACCCGCGGACCGACUUUUCGUCCAUUUACAAGGCGUCCGCUCUGUAUACCGACAACGAACGAACGAUCGCCGCCGCGUCCGCUCCAACGCAACUUCGAAUGCCAACGCGACGUCGACAAAGCAACUACGCGACGCAGCUGUACUACCUCGGGCUCCGCACGACUCGAAAGUACUGGCGGACGCGCGAGUAUAGCCUCGGACGAGUGCUCAUUACGGUGUUCGUGGCCGGCAUCUUUGGAGUACUCUACCGACGCGGCGACGGGCUCCAGUACACGACCCAGCUCCAGUCGCAAGCGUUGCUUGUGUUUGUCGGGCCGCUGUUCAUGGGCAUCAUCUCUGUCAUCACUGGGCUGCCGGUGGUGGAUGCCGAACGCAUGGUGUUCUUCCGAGAGCGCGCCUCGGGCAUGUACGCGACAUUGCCGUACGCGAUUGUGUUUGCACUGGUCGAAGUGCCGUACGUGGUGAUGAAUUCGCUCGUGUUUUCGGGGCUCUUUUACAUUCUCGUGGGUCUCAGAGCGACCGCGGACGCGUUCGCGUGGUUCUGCGGCUACUACUUUUUGUACAAUCUGUUUGCCACGUACUUGGGGCAGUUGCUUGUGGUGAUAUUACCCGACCUGCGCACCGCUGUGAUGGCCACGGGCGGGCUGAACUCACUCAUGUCGUUGUUUGCGGGGUUCUUCAUCCACAAGGACAACAUCCCCGCGGCGUGGAGCUUCAUGUACUGGAUGUCUCCGCUGCAUUAUGUGCUCGAAGGCAUGAUGUGCACCCAAUAUGCAGACAACCAUGCGUCCAUCGCCCUCAGCUCGAAAGGUACCAUUCUGUCACGGGAGAACACGACCGUGUCGGCAUACGUGUUUGAAAUGUUUGGCGGCGGCCUUUCCGCAGACAACAACGUGCCCAACGUCGGCUUUCUCGGGCUGUGUAUUGCCGUCGUCAAAAUCGGCACCUUCCUCGCCAUGAAGUUCGUGUCGUUCGUGACGCGAUAA